AAAAAUCAGUUAAUUGACAUUAUCAACCAAAAAGUUGGAAUCCUGUAUGAAGAUUCCCCUCAAUUGAGUUGCAUCCAAUGAAGUGUACUCACAAUUCAAAGGGUACAUCAUUGUAGUGGUUUUCUCAUUGUUAGAUCAGCAUAGGGUGAAUUUUCUCUCCACCAACAGUGUUUUGAGAUUUUGAAACCAUUUUCCGGGGAAGUUUUGGCCUGAUUAGUGCAUCAAAGGAGUUCUCUGGUAUAUGCUCCUUGGUUCCUUCACUUUCUGAGAGCAUUUUGUGCACCAGUGGGUUGAAAAUGUAUUUGGUGGAGAGCAAAGGAGGAGCCGUAGCAUGCAUGUUCUUGGCUCUUUUCUUCUUGGGGACAUGGCCUGCACUUUUGACUAUGCUAGAGAGGCGUGGUCGUCUUCCUCAGCAUACCUACCUUGAUUACUCAAUCACCAAUUUCCUGGCUGCUUUAAUCAUUGCUUUUACAUUUGGUGAGAUAGGCAAAAGCAAACCUGAUGAGCCUAAUUUCUUGGCUCAACUUGCUCAGGAUAAUUGGCCCUCCGUUCUUUUUGCAAUGGGAGGUGGUGUAGUCCUUAGCCUUGGGAAUCUUUCCUCACAGUAUGCAUUUGCUUUUGUUGGGCUAUCGGUUACUGAAGUGCUCACAGCAAGCAUAACUGUUGUUAUAGGCACAAGCUUGAAUUACUUUUUGGAUGACAAAAUCAAUAAAGCUGAGAUCCUUUUCCCAGGAGUUGGUUGCUUUUUGAUUGCAGUUUUUCUAGGUUCUGCUGUUCAUUCAUCUAAUACUGCUGAUAAUAAAGCCAAGCUCAACAAUUUCUCAAGUGAUUACAAAGAUGGAGCCUUCAACUCUUCGAAGGAAGGAAAUUUAGUUACAUCGAAAGAUCUCGAGGAUGGAAAUGAUUCAGCAGACAUUGUUAAAGCAGGAACUGCAGUUUUCCUCCUAGAGCUUGAGGAGAAAAGAGCUAUCAAGGUUUUUGGGAAGAGCACUUUGAUUGGAUUGGCAAUAACUUUCUUUGCUGGACUUUGCUUCUCUAUGUUCUCACCAGCAUUCAACAUAGCAACAAAUGACCAAUGGCACACUCUAAAACAAGGGGUUCCCCAUUUGACAGUUUACACUGCCUUCUUCUAUUUUUCAGUCUCUUGUUUUGUCAUUGCCAUAAUUCUAAACAUCACCUUCCUCUACCACCCUGUCCUAAACUUACCCAAGUCAUCAUUCAAGGCUUACUUGGCAGACUCAGAUGGCAGAGUCUGGGCCUUGUUGGCUGGUAUCCUUUGUGGCUUUGGAAAUGGUCUCCAAUUCAUGGGUGGUCAAGCUGCAGGAUAUGCAGCAGCAGAUGCUGUCCAGGCACUUCCACUUGUAAGCACUUUUUGGGGUGUUGUUUUGUUUGGGGAGUACCGGAAAUCAUCAAGAAGAACAUAUAUGCUGCUAGGGAGUAUGUUGUUUAUGUUUAUUGUGGCUGUUGCUGUGCUAAUGGCAUCAUCAGGGCAUAGAAACAGUCCUCACACUGCCAAGGAAUGACUGAAGAGAACAGAACACAAGUUAUUAAGAGAUUGUCCUGUGAAAGGGUAGAAGUAUUCUCAUUGUUCACGAGGGUGAAUAAAAGGGAAAAAAAAAUAUUAAGAAAAGGGUGUAUAAGAAGAAAUAAAACAGGAAUGGUGUUGAAAUAUUUUUAUGUAAUUUUUUUCUCUUUAAAGUUGAUGGCCUUUUGUGUAUAUUUGAACGUUUAAACUGAAAUUAAGGAAAUUCUUUGUACAUGUAAA